UUAUAAUAUUAUCAACCAACUAAUAGGUUAUUCAAAAAACAAAAAUUAAAUAAAUAAAUAAAAGAAAAUAACUGUCAAUAAAAAAUUGUUUAGUACGUGUAGAGAUGGAUCCCUCUAACCCAACUUUUACUCCGAUGGCUGAAAACGUAGCGAAUUUAGAUCAAAAACAAAUGGAAAUAGAACUUACAAGGAGAGGGCUUAUUACUUCAGGAACGCUAUCCGAAUUAAGGACUAGACUCUUACAAUAUCUCAUGGGCGAAUCUAUACCCACUGAUUUUACGAAAUAUAAAACACCUACUUCCAACCAAGCAAAUAACAAUGAAAAUACCAUAAAAAUGACUAGUAAAAAACCAUAUUUCAAACCCGGAACAUUCUCGGGACUAAAUUGGGAAAAUUUUGACUCUUUUAUUAAUAAAUAUAAUAUGUCUGCAUCAAUUAAUGACUGGUCUGAAGAAGACAAAAUUCGAUAUUUCCCGGGUUUUCUAGAAGGUACCGCAUUAAAAGCAUAUGAAAAUAUACCAGAUAACAGUAACAUAAUAACUAAAUGGUCAAAUCUAGAAAAGCAUUUUCGAGUACAAUUCGAACCUACCGCCCAAAUUGACAUUCUUCGUUCUCAUUUAGAAAAACGUAAACAACUAGAUGACGAACAACCCAUGGUUUACAUAACUGAUAUAGAAUCUCUAUGCAGACGCAUCGACCCCUUUAUGACCCAACAGGAAAUAAUACGCAAUAUCAUGAAGGGUCUUAAAUCAGAAAUUAUUAGAUCUGUAGGUUUUAUGGAUAAUAAUACCGUAGAAAAUCUCAAACAAAACAUUCAAAAAUUUGAAAAAAUUGAAUUUAUGGCGAGUGGUUGUCUAUACAAUCAAUCACCAUUAAAAAAUAAGGAAUCAAUAUUUAGAGAAGAAAUUUUUAAAAUUAAUGAAAAUAUGAAAGCAUUAAAAGAAAAUAAUGAGAAAAUAAUAAAAGAUCUACAAAAUUCAACUAUAACCGAAAGCAUUAAUAAAAUCACAAGUCAAUUUAACGAUAAAUUUAAUACACUUAGCGAACAGUUAAAAUCACAAAACACUCAACAACCAAAAAACACUCAAUAUUUUAGAAAUAAUAAUUAUACUCCGCGUUACAAUUCUUCUAGAGAACAAAAAACAUUUAGAAAAAAUAAUUUCGAAUCCCAAAUACCCCGUACUCAAUGCAAUAACUGUAAACUAUACAAUCAUACUAGCGAAAAUUGUCGUUUUCCCAUAAAUCCGCCUACAUGUCAACUUUGUAAUAGAAUAGGUCACAUUGCUCGUGAAUGCCGAUUAUAUUUUAAUCAGUCAAAAAACGAGUAA